AUGGCUUCGGGUUUGCUGGAGUAUGUUCUGGGGUGUGGCUGGACUUCUCGGGUAGAUCACUACAGCAGAGCAGCGAUUGGGAGAGGCUCAGCAGAACUAGAAGGAGGAGGAGCUCUUCCGGGCCGCAGCAAGCUGGUGGCCAGAGUUGUGGCGGCUUCUCGGGAAGGCAGCACUCUAGGAGUAGCAGCAGGCUGGAGAAGCAGAAGGAGGAUUGAAUGUCUCGGCUGGGAUGUAAGGGACCUGAAGAAGCAGGCAGCGGAAGCAGCGGAGCAUGACGGCGACGUCAGUGGCGGCGGCGAGGGAUUUGAGACCUUUUGGUGCUUCCCUGGUGAUGUGGAUGAUGUUACGCUGAGUUACUGCGGCGAAGGCGUGGAGAUGAUAAAGGCGACGGUGUGCUACGAGGACCGACCCGGUUUGAACGGGGACUUAGCACGCGUGAUCCGGUCGGUGGGGGGGAGGGCGAUGAGGAUGGAGAUGGCGAGGGUGGGCGGAAGGACGGAGAGCAUGGUUAUGAUGCAACGUGGCCGCAACAGAGAUUGGCGAAAGAAGGGAAAGGGGGAGGAUGAGAGGGAAAGGAGCGAGGGAGAUUGGGGGAACGUGCGGGUUUUAAUUUUCAUGUAUGACUAUUAG